AUGUCGACGAACGGCUCUGACCCCUCGCAACCCGAGGCGACAAGCUCCAACAAUCGAUUCCCGAUCGCAAAGGCAGCCGCAGUUGGGAGGUUCAAGUCGUUCGCAGGGUCUUUCGUACCAAAGAAGAAGAAAAAGUCGGAGCCAUUAUUUCCGCCACCCUCAUGGAACAUUGAAGACUUCAACCCUUCCUCCACGAACUGGACCAUACCUUCGCCAGAACCAGCACCACCGCCAGAAAUCCAGACAGGGGCUACCACGGAUGCCGCUCAACAGGAUGCGAACGAGGUGGUAGAGGUCGAGCCAGUCACGUUGGCCAAGAGACUGCGGGCGAUGAUUGAGUUGCUCCCCAUUCCCGGUAGUCUCGUCCCGAGUUCCUCGACGCCUUCGUCGAGCGCAAUCACACCCAAGAACGAGUCUCCAUCCGAACAGACUGCAUCUAACCAUGCGGCCACCACUACAACGCCACCCAUACCGCCGGAUAUGGACAAGAACCUUGUUCAGAUCCUCUCGGACGAAGAAGUCAUGAACGGGGACAACAAAGGCAAAGGCAAAGGUCGACCAGGGGUAUGGAAUCUGUUGGCAGGACUGCGGAAGAACGACGCGAGCCGACCUGAAGGGGCCGUUUCGCCCAUCGAGGAACAGGAGGGUGGUGUCAUGAUGUACGCUCCCCUGGAUCCCAAAUCCGAUUCUGUGGUGGAACUGGCCCGUACCGAGACCAUCAGGUCAACCGAUUCAUCCACUGUCACAAGUCCCUCUUCCUCCAACCCAUCCUUACCUUCACCUGAGCCCGCGGAAAUCAAGCUAUGGGUUCCGUCGACGACAGAGCUUUCGGUUCUCACAACGUGGUGGGGUUAUCGAUUGUACCUUCCCCCUCCAGUUAUGGCGAAGUUGGGUGCGACGUCUGUGAAGGCUGCUGCCAGGGCUGCUAUGAUCACGAGUGCUCUGAAGUGGUUGAUCGACAAGAUACCGAUUUUGCUUAUUCCUGCGCAGUUCAGGCCUGCGAUCAAGAUGCUGAAGUCGUUGACUCCAUUCGCGGGAUAUGUUGGGGUGUUCAUAGCAUGGAGUUGGGAUCGGAUACGAGCCCUUGAUGAAGGUAACGGUGUCGUUUUGACAGCCACCUGGCUGCUACCUGUUGCCCUAAUACCGAUGGCAUGGGACGCUGGUGACAUCUUUGGACCCAAACUUCCACCCGAGAUCGAAGAAGAUAUUAAACACGCGGGAGAUGAUAAAGGAGAGAAAGACGAUGGCAAGGAUAAGAAGGGUCAAGCGGCGGAGACGAAGCCUUUGAAGAAGUCGCGGUUCGUGUGGUGA